AUGCACAGAGUGGUGGAAAACGGAGUCGCCUACUGCGUGUGCUUCCAGCUGGAGCCAAACAAGCUUAGCUGUGACGUGCUGUCCAGUGUUCCCGAGCACAGGAAGGUGGUGAUGUGCCUUAUGGAGAAAACACGGAUCAGAGUCAUCGAGGUGGACUGGCAGCGGCUGAGGAAUGGCACUGCUCACCACACCCAGGAGUACCCCAGCUCUGAGCUGGUGGUCCGCAGGGGCCAGAGAUUCACCUUCACAUUGGAGCUGAACAAACCCCUGGAGAGCAAGGAGAACUUCAUCUUCACCGUGGAGACAGGACCCAAGGCUUCUGAGGCCCUCCACACCAAAGCUGUGUUGCAGACAUCAGAGCUGGAGGGGAGCAAUGCCUGGACAGCAGUGAAGGAGGCUCAGAUGGAGAACACCAUGACCAUCAGCCUUGCCAGCCCUCCCAAUGCUGUCAUUGGCCGCUACCAGCUGAGCGCCAGGCUUUCCUCUCGCCGCAAACACAGUGACAGGAAGCUGGGCGAGUUUGUUCUCCUUUUCAACCCAUGGUGCCCAGAGGAUGACGUGUUUCUGGCCUCAGAGGAAGAGAGACAGGAAUACGUGCUCAGUGACAGCGGGAUCAUCUUCCGAGGCGUGGAGAAGCACAUCCGAGCCCAAGGCUGGAACUUCGGGCAGUUUGAGGAGAACAUCCUGAACAUCUGCCUCUCCAUCCUGGACCAAAGCCCUACUCACAAAGAUGACCCAGCCACCGACGUGUCCCGCCGCCACGACCCCGUCUACAUCACCAGAGCCAUCAGUGCCAUGGUGAACAGCAACAAUGACCUGGGCGUGGUACAAGGCCAAUGGCAGGGCAAGUACGGCGGCGGCAUCAGCCCACUGCACUGGCGUGGCAGCGUGGCCAUUCUGCACAAGUGGUUCAAGGGCAGGUUCAAGCCAGUCAGAUACGGCCAGUGCUGGGUCUUCGCUGGAGUCACGUGCACAGUCCUUAGGUGCUUGGGAAUCGCGACACGGGUUGUGUCCAACUUUAACUCAGCCCACGAUACGGACAGGAACCUGAGUGUGGACAAGUAUGUGGACUCCUUCGGGCGGACACUGGAGGACCUGACGGAAGACAGCAUGUGGAAUUUCCAUGUCUGGAAUGAAAGCUGGUUUGCCCGGCAGGACCUGGGCCCCUCCUACAAUGGUUGGCAGGUUCUGGAUGCCACCCCCCAGGAGGAGAGCAAAGGCGCGUUCCGGUGCGGCCCCGCCUCGGUCACCGCCAUCCGCCAGGGCGACGUGCACCUGGCCCACGACGGUCCUUUUGUGUUUGCGGAGGUCAACGCAGACUACAUCACCUGGCUCUGGAAUGAGGAUGGGAGCCGGGAGCGUGUGUACUCAGACGCUAAGAAGAUCGGGAGGUGCAUCAGCACCAAGGCGGUGGGCAGCGACUCCCGCGUGGACAUCACCAGCCUCUACAAGUAUCCGGAAGGGUCCCGGAAGGAGAGGCAGGUGUACAGCAAGGCCAUGAAGAAGCUGUUCGGUGUGGAAGCUUCUGGAAGGAGGGCCAGGGUCCGCAGGGCAGGCGGCCGUGGUCUCUGGCGUGAUGACCUCCUGGAGCCUGCAACUAAGCCCAGGAUCACUGGCAAGUUCAAGGUGCUAGAGCCGCCCGUGCUGGGCCAUGACCUGAAGUUGGCCCUAUGCUUGGCCAACCUCACCUCCCGGGCCCAGCGGGUCCAAGUCAAUCUGAGUGGCGCCACCAUCCUUUACACCCGCAAGCCAGUGGCAGAAAUCCUGCAGGAAUCCCACGCGGUGAAGCUGAGACCACAAAAAGAGAAAAAGAUCCCAAUUGCAAUAUCUUACUCUCAAUAUAAGGAAGACCUGACAGAGGACAAGAAGAUCCUUUUGGCUGCUAUGUGCCUUGUCGCCAAGGGAGAGAAGCUCUUGGUGGAGAAGGACAUUACUCUCGAGGACUUCAUCACCAUCAAGGUGCUUGGCCCAGCCAUGGUGGGAGCAGCAGUUGUGGUAGAGGUGCUGGUGGUCAACCCCCUCUUGGAGACAGUGAAAGACUGUAUGUUGAUGGUGGAGGGCAGUGGCCUUCUCCAGGGACAGCUCAGCAUCAAUGUGCCCAACCUGGAGCCCCAAGAGAGGACCUCAGUCCAAUUCAACAUCACCCCUUCCAAGAGCGGCCCACGGCAGCUGCAGGUGGACCUUGUCAGCCCCCAUUUCCCAGACAUCAAGGGCUUUGUGAUCAUCCACGUGACCACAGCCAAAUGA